AUGGACCCAACAGACCUGCUACCUCUGCUUGAGCAGCUGGAUGAUAAUGUCGAUGAUUUGGAGGGUGUGCUCGAGCCUCUUUUGGCCAGUACCCUCCUCAAAGGCUCAAACAAAUUGCCUGUUAUGGACAAAGCAAAACUUCACGUGUUGAUCACCUACACACUAGAAUCACUAAUCUUCUCUUAUCUGCGGCUUCAUGGCGUGGAUGCGAAGCAGCACCCAGUGUUCCGGGAACUGACCCGUGUGAAGCAGUAUUUUGAAAAGAUCAAGACACUGGAGACCGAGCCGGAGGAACGCCCCAUGACCCUUGAUAAGGCAGCUGCGGGCAGAUUCAUCAAGCAUGGCCUUUCUGGCAAUGAUAAGUAUGACUUGGAACGGGCAGAAAAGCAAGCCAAAGAGCGAGCCCGCGCUCAGUUCAAAGCAGACAUGCUCGCCCGCAAGAGCAUGGAAGCCUCAAAAUCACAAACCAAUAACGACUCUGACGAUGGUGAUUCUGAUGGUGGAGUGGACGUUACAACAGCAGCAGAGCCCCAGGCCGACACAAGCCCACCAGGAAAGACCGAGAAUGAUAGCAAAAAGAAGUCCAAAGGAGAGCACAAAUCAGAAAGCAGCAAGGCAAAGAAGGAGAGGAAAAUCAGUAAGACGACACUGAAAGAACAGAAGAAGGAGCGACGGCUGAAGAAGGAGGAGGCCCGAAAGGUGCGAAAGGCCCAAUGA